AUGCAAGCAGUGCUACGGGCGUUGGGAACAAGCGCCAGGUUUACUCUUCGUUUGGGACAAACUGUUUUCUCCACUGCUUUACUUCUCUUUAUGUGUUUGGAUGUUGAAUUCUAUAGCUAUACUUCUUUUAGCUACUUGGUGACAGUCAUGGGUUUAGUGACUCCAUGGAGUAUGUCAUUAGCAUUGGUUGAUGCAUAUUUCGUGUUCGUUAAAGGCUUACCACGACAACCAAGGGUACUGCUGGUUGUCAUUGUUGGAGACUGGGCCUUGUCAUUUCUCUCACUAGCCGCGACUUGCUCUACUGCUAGUGUGACAAGUCUCUUGGUCAAUGUCAGCUCGACAUAUUACCCGUCAAAUAUAUGCAGUAGAUAUCAGUUGUCUGCAGCUAUGGCUUUCAUGUCGUGGUUUCUAUCCUUUGAUUCAAUUCUCUUCAAUCUUUGGCUCCUUCCGUCUUUGUAGCGACUCGCAACUUCCAAGUUCCAACCCUUU